AUGCAAAAGGAAAUUAUGCAGAGAACCGCUACCUUUCCAAAAUUUGAAGACGAGGAAGACAGGGUGAAAACCUUUCGCAACUGGCCGCAUGACAGACCCGACGGAAGGUCGAUGUCGGAAGCGGGGUUCUUUUACGGGGGUUUCGAAGAUAACGCCAGGUUUUUCUUCUGCGGAAUAUUGCUGUGCCGAUGGGAGCCGGGCGACCUUCCUCUUUCUGAACACGCCGAACACGGGAGUUCGUGCUUGUGGUUGCGGCGCAAGACGAAGGAAACCCUUAUUUCCAAGAUUAAUUUUGCCUCCGAAUUCGGAUUCGACAGCGACGUAAUCGCAAAGGUUGUGAGCGAUCAUCUAGAGAAGAAAGGACAAGUGUUCUCGCUGACAAACGAAGUUCUGAUCUCGAGCAUAAUCGACUUCGAUGAAAAUGGGGCCGACGACAGGAAAAAGGACGGGGUCGAAGAUCCGUUGAAACACGAGGGCUUGGUGUCUCUGAUCGUCGAACUUCGCUUGGAAGAAGAUGCCGAAGACGAACGUCCGGAACGAAAAGAAAAGGAAGAAGGAGUUCGUGCGCCUGUCGAAAGCUAUACGAACAACGUACGCGUCGGCGACGACGACGACGACGACGACGAGAAAUCUCGCGGAGAUCUAUUGAGGGAAAUUACCGAUCUCAAGGACGAGAUGUCGUGCAAGGUGUGCAUGGAUCGCGAUUCGAUCGUCCUCCUGACUCCGUGCAACCAUCUCGUCUGCUGCGACUCGUGUUCCAUAAGGUUAGCGUCGUGUCCGAUCUAUCGUACAAAAGUCGGUGAGGUCGUCAAAGUUUACCACAGUUAG